AUGCAGAUGCCACUGUUAAUGGCUGACACAGAAAGGAAAGUACAAGUACUCCCACAGAAUCUACUUAAGGCAGGUGACAAAAACAAUCUAAAAAUCUAUCUAUCUAUCUAUCUAUCUAUCUAUCUAUCUAUCUAUCUAUCUCAGCCAGGGACACGGCACAUUCAAAUAGAACUGCUAUGUAUCUAUGUAUCUCAGUCCGCUCAUUAUCUAUCUAUCUAUCUAUCUAUCUAUCUAUCUAUCUAUCUAUCUAUGUUAAUUCAUUAUCUAUCUGUCUCAGUCAGGGGCACGGUACAUUCAAGAAUAACUACUAUCUAUCUCAUUCUACUCAUCUAUCUAUCUAUCUAUCUAUCUAUCUAUCUAUCUAUAACAGCCAGGGACACGGCACAUUUAAGUAGAAGAACUGCUAUCUAUCUAUCUAUCUCAGUUCGCUCAUUAUCUAUCUAUCUAUCUAUCUAUCUAUCUAUCUAUCUAUCACAGCCAGGGUCACGGCAUAUUCAAGUAGAAGAACUGCUAUCUAUCUAUCUAUCUAUCUAUCUAUCUAUCUAUCUAUCUAUCUAUCUAUCUAUCUCUGCCAGGGACACGGAAAAUUCCAGGAGAAUAAUUGCUAUUACGCGAUUUACUGUGCAGGACCAUCCGACGAAUCUAUGUCCGCUUAUUAUCUAUCUAUCUAUCUAUCUAUCUAUCUAUCUAUCUAUCUAUCUAUCUAUCUAUCUAUCUCUCUAUAUAUAUAUAUAUAUAUAG